AAAUAGUCUUGAUGCGUUUCUCUUCGGGGGUAAACGCCCUUAUCUAGCCUUCAUGUUGUUGUAUCGGCUACAUGGCAGUCACCGUUUGGAACCACUGUUUGCUUUAGCUUAGUUUUUUUUUUCCUUUUUAUUUCUCUGCAAAGUUUUCAAAAUGAGUGACGAUGACCUUAGAAGUUUGGCGAUGGAAGAAAGUGAUGCUUGCUAUUUGUGGUUCACCCUACAUUUACCCACUACUUCUGAAGCAAGAAAAAAAGGUUAUACGAAAAUGUACAUUGGGAUCCCUGCAUUCCCACAGAGAGCUGGUGCAGGACCAUAAUAGCACAAGAAGUGGAAGAAUUUCAACACUAUCCCACGUGGGAAAUUGUGUGGAAAAAACCUACAGUUGUUUGGCAGCAGCAAGUUUCAAAACAAGCCUUCCUAGAGCCUUUCUUUCCAUUUUCUUCUUUAGUGAAAUCGACCAGAAAUUUAUCGCAAGUUGUGAUGCCACUAUUGAGGGAAAGAACAUGCCUAUACCAGACUUGGUGGAGUUUAAUGAUGAUCCGGGCUCCUUGUUUUUUAACGACGGUGAGCGACGGAUCGAUUUUGUUUUGGUCUAUGAAGAUGAGGUCACAAAAGACUUUGACAAAAGGCAUCAGUUUCAGAGACGAAAGAGACGAAGACAAUGUUUUGAAGCUAGUUUGAUGAACAUGGGCUUAGAACUGGAAUCAACAAAAUCUGUUUUGAAUGAGAAGGUUGUGUUUGUUAAAUGCCACACUCCCUGGGACGUCCUGUGCACAUAUGCUGAGGUGAUGCACAUCAAGCUGCCGAUACAGCCCAAUGAUUUAAAGACCAAGACCUCAGCGUUCAACUGCUUCACCAAACUCUUCAGUCCUAGUGAGGAUUUAAUUCAUCCUGAAACUGAAUACUUCACUGCUCCAUUUGAGAAGGAAAGAAUAUCACAUUUCUACAUCAAGGACCGGGAACAAUUCUUUACACCAUCUAUGCGAAGCAGAAUUGCAAGCUAUAUCCUUACUCGUGCAGAUUAUGAGACGAGAGACAAUGUGAGAAAAUUUGGAAUCAGCAAGCUUUUGGACAGCGGGGUGUACAAGGCAGCGUAUCCACUGCAUGAUUGUCGAUUCAAUGUGAAGUCAGAAGACCAAAAAUGCCCCAAUGAAAGAUACCUCCUGUACAAAGAAUGGGCUCACCCUAGGAGCUUUUAUAAGUUGCAGCCUCUGGAUCUGAUAAGAAAGUAUUAUGGAGAAAAGGUUGGUAUCUAUUUUGCAUGGCUUGCCUUCUACACAAAAAUGUUGGCAUUUGCAGCAGUGGUGGGAUUAGGCUGCUUUAUCUUUGGAUACCAAACAAAGGAAUCAAGCACAUGGAGCAAGGAGGUGUGUGAUCCCCAAAUUGGAGGCAACAUUAUCAUGUGUCCUCAGUGUGACAGGGAAUGCACUUACUGGAGACUCAAUAAUACCUGUGAGUCAUCUAAGAAACUCUGCAUAUUCGACAAUUUUGGUACAUUAGUGUUUGCCGUGUUCAUGGCAAUUUGGGUUACUUUGUUCCUGGAGUUCUGGAAACGUUAUCAGGCAGAGCUAGAAUAUGAGUGGGACACGGCUACAUUUUUAGAGCAAGAGGAACAGCCCCGUCCGGAAUAUGAGGCAAAAUGCGUUCAUGAAAAAGUGAACCCAGUCACACAGGACAUUGAACUCGUGCCUUAUUCAGAUUGUGGGAAGUGUAUGAGAGUGUCCUGUGGCAUUGGGACAGUCCUGUUCUGGGUUUUACUGAUCAUUGCUUCAGUAGUUGGGGUCAUUGUGUAUCGUCUGGCAGUAUUCUUUGCAUUUUCUGCUCAUCUAAGUGAACUAAAGGAACUAGAACCAUUCAGAGAGUAUGUGACACCCCAGAUGGCGACUUCGGUAACAGCUUCCAUCAUCAGCUUUGUAAUUAUAAUGAUACUAAAUACAGUGUAUGAGAAAGUGGCAAUCUGGAUCACUGAUUUUGAAUUACCCAGAACAAAGACUGAUUAUGAGAACAGCCUGACCUUGAAGAUGUUUCUUUUCCAAUUCGUCAACUACUAUUCCUCUUGCUUCUACAUUGCCUUUUUCAAAGGCAAGAUUGUUGGUUAUCCUGGUGAUCCAGUGUAUUGGCUUGGAAAAUACCGGAAUGAGGAGGUGAGAACAGGGAUUCCAAAAACGUCAGAUAAAGUCCAGAAAUGUAGACUUUGUGGUAGUUACUUUGCACAGAAAUUGGAAAGCUUAGAUACCGGAAAAUAUUUGUGCACAUGCCUACGUGUGAGCAUAAAGAAUACAAGGAGAUAUUUAUGCAACAAAGCUUUCUAUUAUCAAGAUAACAUAAAUAUAUAUACUAUAAAUCAAUAUAAUUUUACACUCUGUAGGUGGAUAAAGAAUAUCAUAGGUCGCUAUACCACAAAAGCCUCUGAAAAGGUUACCCCGCGAUGGGAGCAAGAUUACCAGCUACAGCCUUUGGGAAAGCUAGGAUUGUUUUAUGAAUACCUUGAAAUGUGAAAUCAGUUUGGUUUUGUUACCUUGUUUGUGGCCUCCUUUCCUCUGGCUCCUCUUAUGGCACUCGUCAACAAUCUGUUUGAAAUCAGAAUAGAUGCCUGGAAAAUCACCACCCAGUUUCGACGGGUUGUGCCAGAGAAAGCACAAGAUAUUGGGGCAUGGCAGCCAAUCCUUCAAGGAGUAGCAAUUCUUGCCGUGGUGACAAACGCCAUGAUCAUUGCUUUCACCUCUGACAUGAUCCCACGAUUGGUCUACUAUUGGGCUUUCUCUGUGUAUCCAUAUGGGGAUUAUGGAGAUCACACUAUGGAAGGCUACAUCAACAACACACUCUCCAUCUUCAACAUCUCUGACUUUUCCAAUGACAGCAAGCCAUUGCGACACCCUGUGUGGUUCGACUCUGAGAGAGAUACCACGUGUAGGUAUCGAGAUUUCAGAUACCCCCCUGGACACCCCCAGCAAUAUGAGUACAGCAUUUACUACUGGCACGUAAUUGCUGCCAAACUGGCUUUCAUUAUAGUUGUGGAGCAUAUUGUGUACUUGGCAAAAUUUAUUCUGUCAUACAUAAUUCCUGAUGUGCCAGCAGUCGUGAAACAGCAGAUGAAACGUGAAAACUACUUAACCCAGAAAAGGCUACAUGAAUCUCAGCUAAAUCUGAAGAAACAUGUGGGCCACAUAGCUAACAAGAUCGUUGAAGACACAGAGGGCAUGUUUAGGAUAAUGACCGACUAGUCAAACAGCUUUUUUAAUCUUUACCAAAGGAAAAACACAGGAAAGUGAACCUCAGCUUGUUAGUCUUGUUACAGGCUGUUACAUAUUUAAAUGUGCAAUUAUUGUCUAAAUAACUUCUUUUUAUUUUUGUUUUAAAUAUUUGUACAUCCUUUGUAACAGCUGUAUU